AUGGCGUCUUCCUCCGCCGUCGCCGCCGCCGCCGCCCCGCGCGUCGCCGCGCGCGCGCGCCCCCGCGCGUCGUCGUCGUCGCGCGCGUCCGCGUCCGCCGCGUCCACCGCCCGCCGCCGCGCCUCGGCCGCCGCGGCCGCCCCGAGCGCGCCCUCCUCCGAGCUGUCGUGGCCGGACGCGACCGCGACGGCGACGUGCGACGGCGACCUCGCCGUCGUCGCGAGCGUCGUCAACCUCGGCGCGCGCGGCGUCAUCGCGACCGGGCUGCCGUUCCUAGAUCACAUGAUCGACCAGCUCACGUCGCACGCGCAGCUCGGGGUCUCCGUGAUCGUCACCGAGGGCGCCACCGCGCGCGAGCCGUGCGUCGACGCGUCGGGGAGCGACGACGAGCGCGUCGCGAGCGCGGCGGGGGAGGCGCUCGGGAGCGCUCUGCGAGCGUUCCUCGCGCCCGGGAUCGCGAGGACGCGCGACGGGACCGUCGCGCCGGAUGCCGCGAGCGCGGUGUUCGCGGCGCCGCUCGACGAGGCGUACUCGUGGUGCGACCUCAACGCGUCCCCGGAGACGCCGGGGAGGCUCGACUUCGAGCUCACGCCGUACGGACCCGCGUCGUCCCCGGGGGGGAUCGGGCGGACGCGCAUCGGGACGUACCAGACGAAGCUAACGGAGCCGUUCUUCGCCGCGUUGACGGAGGCGUCCGGGGUGGCGAUGCACAUCCAAAAGUGCCGCGGGGACAACGCGCAUCACAUCACGGAGGCGUCGUUUAAAGCCUUCGCGCGGUGCCUUCGCGCGGCGAUGGACUCGAUGGAGGGCGUGGACGUCGUCUCGAUGAACGCGAAGCUGGAGGGCGUGACGAGGAGCGCGUCGAGGGCGAGGGCGACGAAGGAGACGGACAUCGACGUCUUCGUAGAUUUGGACGGCGCGCCCGACGUGACCUCCGUGAGCACCGGCAUCGCAACCUUAGACGCGCUGCUGUGCGAGAUCGCCGCGCACGGCGGCGUCCAGCUCAACGUGAAAGCGACCGGGGACUUGUGGAUCGACGACCACCACACGACCGAGGACGUCGCGAUCACGAUCGGUCAGGUCCUGUGCGAGGCGUUGGGGGAUAAGGCUGGGUGCAACCGCAUGGGACGCGCCGUCGCCGCGGUGCUCGACGGCGGCGACGUCGACGCCGCCGACGCCGCGGACGCCGCCGUCGUCGAGGCCGUCAUGGACCUGUCGAACCGGCCGUACUUGGAGAACGGCGUGGAGUUCAGGGACGAGUUCAUCGGCGAUUUAUCCGCGGAGAUGAUCGACCACCUGUUCAUGUCGGUUACCGCCAACGGGCAGAUGACGGUGCACCUGGUGCAGCACGCCGCGGGAAAGUCCGACGGGGACUUGGCGGUGGCGGCGGCGCGCGCGUUCGGGAGGUGUCUGAGGCAGUGCGUCGCGGUGGAUCCGCGGCGCGCGGGGGCGGUCGCGAGCAGCAAAGGGACGCUGUCCGUGUGA